AUGUGGGUGCGACCGGGCGAGAUCUACAUGGUCGAUUGCACGCCUACGGUGGGCGAGAAUCUGCAGCCCUAUUAUUGGGCAAUCAUGGAAAUCACCGCGGACAAGAAGGAGAUAGCGAGGAAUUGCGAAGAUUUUGUGUAAGUUUUACCGCGUUUUGCAACAAUUUUUUUCCGCGUUCUGUUUUUUUCACGUGAUUUUUUUAGCGAAGUCAGUGAGGAACAAGCCUUUCCUUGUCCCGAGGACAAAAAUGCGAGCUGUUGUUUGACGAAUAAGCUAAUUUUGGUCGCAAGAAAACAGACGCUGAGGUUGUUGUGCUAUGACAAGAAUGAUUUGGCGUCAAUGCAAGUUAUUGUUUGUAAGUUUUUGAGGUUUUUAGAAAGGUUGAAAUUUUUAGAUUAUCUUCGCAAUUUUUUAGCGAGCAGUACAGAAACAAUCGUGAUUUUUAUGCCAAUUGUGUUACUUUGCCGUUUUCAGACAGUUCCAAAAAUAAAAUGUGCCCUACAGUUUCCGAUUGCUCUAAAGUCCCGUACGCUCCAGAAGGAUGUGAAUGCCGUCUGACAGAUGAAUGCAUGGAAUGUAAGACAAUCAUUUUAUCACACAUCCGUCCGUAAAGUGAUUUUCGGCGAAAUGCGCUGUGCGAAAACAGAAUUUUGCUUUGCUCAUUGCAGUUUCAUGCUUUUUGCACCGUGAAACUGGUUUUUUGGGCUGUCGCUCACACUCUGAUUUUUUUAUACAGUGCAAACGCCUAGAAUCACUACUGCGACUUUCCUGACUGACCUACUAUUAGUUUUCUCAGCCAAAAGAUACAACACGAAAUACCUGUUUUAUGCAGUCGUUCUGGUUAUACUUCAAGUCCUCUUGUACGUAUUCUUCUGUGUCCGUCGUCAAUUCUGCAUUCCCAGGGCAGCAAAUACGAUGGUUGUUAAUGGAUCAUACGUCUACGACCCGCCGGGAAUCCAAAAACAAGCUUUUGUAGAUGUAUUGAACAGAACCGCUUAUCAGGAUUAA